AUGGUUGCAAUUUACUUUCUGUUGUUAUCUAGUGCGUUAUUUGUAUCCGCAGAACAUUCUGGAGCUUAUUCCUCACCCCAAUAUGCAAAGAAGAUGUAUCCUAAGAAGGGGUACGACACUAAUGCGUUGUUGCCACGAGAAAAACCCCCGGCGCUUUUCAAAGACGAGCAAGACUCUAUCGCGAGAUUUGAUAAUGGAAAUGAUACUGCACAGUAUGGGAGGUCCUCGUUUUUGGACGCGGCGGGCAGCUUUCUCAGCGGCACAGGUGGGCAAGUUGUGACCAGCAUAGCGAGAGACUUCAUCUCCAGGUCUACGGGCAGCAGUCAGGUUGGUUUUGACUGCGUGUCUCAGGUAUUAAGUUUAAAUUUAACUAACCUGGUGAUACUCAUCAUAUUGAAGGCUCUCAUCUUGGCAGCAGGGUUCUUCGGCGCUGGCGCUUGGAAAGGAGGCCAUUACUAUGGAAGAAGCCUUGACGACAACAAAAAUGUCACCUACAUCACCGAAGAAGAAAUCCUAUUGUACUUAAGCUACAUAGCUGGCCAGCAGAAGAAAGACUAUGGCUGCCUAUAUUUGCUGUCGUGCCAAAAGCCACAACAAGCUGGCCUGUAUGCCUCAGGGUCGGAGUUGCUGUUGCAAGGCGCAAGGAUGCUACAAGGGACACACAACGUGGACUUGGAGCCUUAUGCGGAAAUAUCAAGGGGAAUCAAACAGGCGACCGAAUGGGGGGAAAGGGGGAUGAAUUGCGAUACACGCUAUAAAUGCGGCGAAUGA